AUGUUCAUCCGUAAGGUCAAGCAAAUGCUGGGACAAGACGGAAGCCGAAAGAGACCGGAGGUGGGCCCGCUCUUUCCGCAGCAGCUUUUUCUCCUUCUCCUUGGAUUUUUUCUCGAUAAGGGCAGCCUCAGCAGCUUUCUUUUUCUCCUCUUCUUUCUGCCGUCUUUCCUCUUCGGCAGCCCUAGCCGCCUCUUCCUCCUGCAAUUUCUUAGCCAAAAGCUUCGCAUCCUUCUUCCUCUGCUUCUCAGCUUUCUCUUCCUCUUUUCUCCUCAAUAUCCUCGGGUCACGCUUAUAGGCGUUAUCAACGAGGGUGCGUAUUCGCACGUUCUCUUCCUUCCUCGCUUUCUCCGAAAGCUUUGCAUUCUGCCUCUCCAUCCACCUCUUGUGAUCACCCUGCUCAAGGUCAAACUCGUCAGCAUGCGGGAAUUCCCUCCAGCUCUUGAAGCUAUACCAAAAAUUGUAAAAGCUGUCAACUUCUUUCAACGACGUAUUAUCAUCCCCAAGCAUUGGGAUGGGUUGGGCCACCGACCAACGCCCAUUCCUCAUGAAAGCGGGCCCGAAAACCUUGAAGAAAUCCUGAGGCGCGCAGUCCUGAGGGAUCUCGUCAUCAAACUCAUCAGUCGAGUCGUAUAUUCUUCUCCUGACAGGGUCUAUCAGAACCUCGUACGCUUCCUGAAUGGCCUUGAAACGGGUUUCUAUCUCGUCCUUCUUCGCUUGCUUGGCUGA